CUGCAGCACCUCCCUCUGCGUCUCCUGUGCUGCUGGUCGUUGGGCUGGUUGGAGGCUUCGCACUGAUUCUCCUCCUCUCGCUGCUGCUGUUGUGUUGGUGCAGGAAUUCAAAGAAUCUGUGUUGUGACAGACUCAGCCAGUCUCUGAGAACCAAUCAGAGCUCAGACCCAACUGUCCAAUACGAUGAAAUCCAGCUGCCAGUGUACUCGUCUCUUCUCCACGGUGACGACUGCAUCUAUGACUCAAUCAGAGGAGACACGGAGGAAGGAACCCGAGGUGAUCCAGAGGAGACGUCUGACUACGUUAAUGAAAAUCCACAUUCAGCUUCAGGAGGACUAUGAAUGGUUCAUCCUCCAGGAAACAAGAGCAUGAAAAUCAACAUUCAUCCUGAAACACCUUCACAUGUUAGACUCACCAGUUUUGUAACAGCUCAUUGGAAAGAACGACUUGAUCUGGAUUGAAUUUCAGUAUAAAUGAAAAAAGAAAUGUUUUGAUAUUUGCUUUUGUGUUUACGUUCAAUAUUUCAAUUGGCUGAUAUGGGCCUUUUAAGAUAUGCUCCGAUAUGAAAAGGUUUAUUUUACAGGAUGAAUAAUGUGCUUUAUGAUUAUAUUUUACAUUGAUUUUUUUAUGUCUUAAUUCAAGUUCUAUAUAUUCUGUCGUAUUUGUGUUUUCUUUCAAUUUAUCUUUAUUUCUUUAAAGAAUAUUGUUUUACUUAAGCUUUAAUUUGCAAUUUCAUACACAAGUGAUGUUUUUUACUCCUUGAUAUCAGUAUCUGCAUUGGCCCCUAAAAAAAGUUUAUUCUGUAUAUUUUUGCCGCCAUCAUGCAACAAAAGUUUGAAUGCAACCUUUGAUGUUUUCCAUUCAUAAGUAUAAAUAUGUAUUUUUUAUUAUUCACCAAUGACUCAAUGGAGGACGAUGUCAGAAAGGACAUCGUCUGUCUGUGGUUAUGUUCCAUAUACAGUCUGUGGUGAUGUUCCAUAUACAGUCUGUGGUUAUGUUCCAUAUACAGUCUGUGUGUUAUGUUUCAUAUACAGUCUGUGGUGAUGUUCCAUAUACAGUCUGUGGUUAUGUUCCAUAUACAGUCUGUGGUUAUGUUCCAUAUACAGUCUGUGGUGAUGUUCCAUAUACAGUCUGUGGUGAUGUUCCAUAUACAGUCUGUGGUGAUGUUCCAUAUACAGUCUGUGGUGAUGUUCCCUAUACAGUCUGUGGUGAUGUUCCUUAUACAGUCUGUGGUGAGGUUCCAUAUACAGUCUGUGGUUAUGUUCCAUAUACAGUCUGUGGUUAUGUUUCAUAUACAGUCUGUGGUUAUGUUCCAUAUACAGUCUGUGGUUAUGUUCCAUAUACAGUCUGUGGUGAUGUUCCAUAUACAGUCUGUGGUGAUGUUCCAUAUACAGUCUGUGGUGAUGUUCCAUAUACAGUCUGUGGUGAUGUUCCAUAUACAGUCUGUGGUUAUGUUCCAUAUACAGUCUGUGGUUAUGUUCCAUAUACAGUCUGUGGUGAUGUUCCAUAUACAGUCUGUGGUUAUGUUCCAUAUACAGUCUGUGGUUAUGUUCCAUAUACAGUCUGUGGUGAUGUUCCAUAUACAGUCUGUGGUGAUGUUCCAUAUACAGUCUGUGGUUAUGUUCCAUAUACAGUCUGUGGUUAUGUUCCAUAUACAGUCUGUGGUUAUGUUUCAUAUACAGUCUGUGGUGAUGUUCCAUAUACAGUCUGUGGUGAUGUUCCAUAUACAGUCUGUGGUUAUGAUCCAUAUACAGUCUGUGGUGAUGUUCCAUAUACAGUCUGUGGUGAUGUUCCAUAUACAGUCUGUGGUUAUGUUCCAUAUACAGUCUGUGGUUAUGUUCCAUAUACAGUCUGUGGUUAUGUGUGAUUAUUUCCAUGGCUCGUAAUUCUCUGUUUGAUGAAAACACUCGUCUGCAGACAGUUUUGCUUUUUAUUUUGAAAUGUGAUGAACUGUAACAGAUUAUAAUUCAAACACAUAAUUUGAUGUGUUCUUUCUUUUAUCUUUAUUAAACUUUGAAAUCCCA